GAAAAAUCAGUCAUGAAUGGGUAUAAGUACUCUUAAAGCUUUCCUUCAAACACACCCUUUGGCUUUAAGACACGAACAGGACAGUUUCGUCACGACUUGAUUUGAAAACAACACAAAGAAAUCAUUUGUCUGCAAGCAGAAGAUGAAGAAUAUGAUUUUCGUUAUUGCGGCAAUACUCUGCAUUGUCAAAAUAUCAGUAGCAGACGACAAUUCAUACCGAGAUGUAUUGGAGAAUCUUGAAGACCGUCUUAUAUCAAGACUCCAAGAAACAGAAGUUGGAUCCUUACGUGCACAGAUGGACACACAUACCGAAACAGAAAGAGAUGAAAAUUUCUUGAAUGAAGGUCAGAAAUCCGAUGAGUUUAAGGCGAAGAAAAGGCGGCCACCUUUUGCAAUUGACAGAGUUAAACCAUUGCCGGUUUGUAGACCAUACGUGCCGUUCCUUCCUACUUCUACUUGUUGUGAACGCGGUUUCGCCUACGUUGAUCUAACCAAAAACUCCCCUUGCAAUGCAAUUGACACGGCAACUGGCAUUGAAUUCCUUCAGGAACCAACAUCUCAAUCUGGAGUAACUGAGGACUGCAGCAAAACAGCUCUGCUUAAGGUUAAUUUCGAGAAGUUUACAAAGGUACCUUGUGACUAUUGUCUAAGAAAGCCGUUAUGUGGUCGGCGCAUGCUCAGAAUCGACCUUAAACUGAGUUCCGGCACGAGGUCUAACUGGGGCUUCAACAUAGGGGACAGCAGGACUAACGACGGGUGGAAGGGAGACUCUAACACUCAGAUAAAUGAUGCCGAGACCGACGGACGAUUUCCAGCAGUUCGAGUCUAUCAAAGCGAUAAAUGCCCGACAAGAUUUCCGCUCAAGACUUUCCCAAACGCCAUUGGUCCCGAUGUACAAGAGGUGACCAUUUACGUCAGCAAUCAGCAUAUCCGGAUUGUGAAUGACCAAGGCUUGGACGAGUAUGUUUGUGACAACUGUCUGUAUGCCCUGAAUGGCCAGGCGGACAGUCAAGGAGUGAACGAGGAUAUUUACAUAGGUCUGAACCGUGUAGUGUCCGGUAGGAUAGACAGGAAUGGCGUUGGGGUGUGUUCGGCAACAUUAACUUGGGCUUGUCCUCGCUGGUAGACUGCCAUGUAGAUUGAUUGUAUACAAAUAUAUAUUUUGCUGUAAAAUAUCAUUGCCAGUUUUUAAACUGUAUAAUAAUGCAUUGUAUGAAGACACGCUUUAUCCACCACAUAUUUCGAUCAUUGUUUUGUGUAAAAUUGCCUUUUUAUAUUUCUUUUUAUAUUUUUAUUUAAAUCAUUCAAAGUAUUUCAUUAUCUUCGCCUUAAAACAGUCAGUGUCAUUCGUCUCUACCUUUCUGCAAGAUCUGCAAGGUGCUUUACUUCGUCAAAUCUUAUUGGCACAAAUAUCAAUCAUUUAGACAGACGGAUAAAUUGAGCAUCAAAACUGUUGUUUCAGAUCCGGAAGAAUUUUGACCAUUGUCAGACAAGUAAUUCAAUAAGUGUUUUGUUACAAGAUAAAUUUCAAAUAAAUAUUUUACAGCUUUUAACUUUAGCUCAGCCAAUGUUUAUUCUUUAUUAUAGUCUCUUCAAUGUACACCAACAUACAACAUAAAUCAUAAACAGUAAUAUAAUGUACAAUGUCAUUCAUAUAUGAAUUAUAAAAGAAUUGGCUUCUACUAUAAAAGCUUGAUAUAACUUUGAAAUAUCCACAUUUUACUACUAUUAUUAUUACUUAAGAUUCUUUCAUUAUGAUCUAAUAUCUAGAAAGUAGACCUAAAAGUAGUGAAGCAUAAAACACUCUUAUUAACAGUGAACAAGGGAUUGUUUACAGAUUGUCAUAAAUAUCUACAUUGGUGUAAGAACAACAUAAAGCCAGUGCUAUUGAUACAUCUAUACUGUUUGUAAUUUCCUUUACAUGUAAUAAUUAUUAUUAUUUCUAUUGUUAAACUUUCUUUAAACGCAUAUUUUUGUUGUAAGUAUUUUAAAAAGGCAUAGUGAAUACCAUUCAAAAUGUUCUGAACACAUAUUUAAAAAAACACAUAUUACUUUGCAUGGAAAUUGCUUUGCAUGGAAUAUGAGUGAUUAACAUGGAAAUUAUGUGUUAAACUAAAACAAAUGUUUUAACUAAUAUACGGAUAUUGUUUGUACAUUUAUUAACUACUUUAUUUAUAAACAAAUUCGUUUUUUCUCCUUAAAAUAAGAAAGAACGUUUUGGCUAGAUCUAUAUUUGUAAAAAUGAAUAAAAACUUUUCAUUUUCAGAGUAGUACCUAAAUUCUGCUUCUACAGAACUUGCUUUUCUUGUCUAAGGACCUUAUAUAAUUGACAUUUCAUGACAUGUUUUUCAUCAUCAAUAUUUUCCUUACAAAAUGGACAAAACCUUUUAUCAACAUCUAGUAUUUCAUAUCUUCUAGUUUCAAUACGUAUUGGUGCAGUCACGUACUUUGAUCCCAAUUAUCUUGAAUCUUGGAGAAAAUACAAUCAAGCAAACCCAAAAAGUAAAACAUGUAGGCAUACGUUUCAACAGUAAAUUAAAUUGACAAUGCAUGCCAAAAAGCGAAAUUUUUAUUAUUCUCCUUUUUAUCGAUCAAUCUUGAUCCGAAUUACAUAACCCCAUCACUUGUAUCAAAAAUAUGCUUACCAAGACUAUUAUUUAGGGGCGAACUAUGGAAUAAUCUAUGAAUUCAAGAUAACACUUAAUCGGAAAGGUCCCAUAGGUUUGCAGCUAAAAGGGUUCUAAACUUUGAAAUCCGAACUCGAACUGACAUGUGUCUAGGCAUGCUUGGCUGGAAAUCCCUCCAUUCUGAAGUAGAUAAAAGAAAGCUAUGUUUUCUAUAGGCAGUCUUUGCAAUAUACCAAAAACAUUGUUAGUUAAGAAAUUAAUGCGAAGCUCUCAAUGUACAUAUGUAGUAUCGACGACAAACAAAAAGGAUUUACUAAAAUACCUGAUCAGAUAUAGAAUAUCCCAUUUUCUCAUUGACUAUAUCCAAACAGGUAACUUCCCAGAGAAAAUAAUUUUUAAAAAAGUACAUAAUGCAGAACUAGUAUUCAAUCUUACGAAACGGAAUCCUGACGUUUCCGCAUUGAAAAUUAUAAUGAUUUUAACAGAUUUAGAUUUUUACAUACUUAUAUUAAACACGCUUUAAUAUGGGCAUGUGCAACUGAUAGUGAUAUUUUAGCUUAUGCACAUGUAGUAAGCAAACUGAAUAAUGAACAAUGAACAUAACUGGAAGGAAAAAUAUGAAUCUAUGUCACUUUUGCGGAAAGUUCUUCACUGACUCUCUUUAUCACAUACUGUUUGAUUGUUUCAUUACUGAAUCCAAACGGCACUUAUUAUAUAAAUGCAUUGAAACAAAGUUUGGCCAAGAAGUGCUAUGUGAACUUACGAACUGUCCAAAUGAGACUAAGUUGCAGAAACUAAGAUUGGAUUCAAUUACUCAUAAAAUAGUAGGCCUACAUAAACACUUUCUGCGAAUAGCUAUUUGCUUUGUUGAAAAAUGUUGUAAUAUCGCUCACCUAUUACAUUUGUUCCUGUAUACAAGCUUUAUACCAUAGAGAUUACCUUAAUCACUAUUAUUUAAACGUUUAUUUGUAAAAUAUGUAUCAGAUGAGCCAAAAUUGUUCAAAACGUAUUUGUUCUGUGUAUUGUUUUGUAAACGAUGAACUCAAACAAAUCUGGUAUCUUGUUUAGUAAAUCUCUUUAACUAUAAUGUACCUCUGACUACACCCUUUCUGUGCUAAUUUUGCCCAAUUUAACAAAACGUUAAUUUUGACCUCAUACUAAAUUGACUGAAUUAAAAAAAUCAGUUCAGUUUCAACAGAUACUUUUCGGAUCUUUUUGUACUUGACUAAUAUACCGGUAUGUUGUUGUAUAUUUAUUAUUAUUUGUGCGUUCUAAUUACUCUAUUUGUAUUAUGUGUAAAUAUGUUAAAAUCCUUGUAUACCCGAGAGAAAUAAAGAGCAUAUAUACCUAA